AUGCGCAAACUUGAUCGUGAACUACCAUCAGAACGGCAGUUUGUGAUCGAAGUUCGAGCAACAGAUAAAGGAAAUCCACCACGAGAGGGUGCUGGUAAUGUUACAAUCAAAGUGCUCGAUGUGAACGAUAACGAGCCGUAUUUCGAGAAACCGCUCUAUACGAGCUCAGUGCCCGAAACAGCCCUUGUCGGAGCACCAGUGAUGAGUGUAUCGGCGGUGGACCGUGAUAAUGAAGCAAAGGAUAACGUUUUCUCGUAUGAGCUGAUGGACGAACACAAAUAUUUCUACAUGACAACCGAAGCCGACUCGAGCAGUUCGAGCGUUGGAGUGUUGAGAGUUAAAAGGGUCCGUUUUUUUUUUUUGAUUCACAUGCAUACUUGA